GGGGCGGAGAGCGGCCCCGAGGCGGGGUUUGGCGGUCCCGCUCCGCGCUUCCCCGCGCUCCGUUCCGCGCCCCGCUCCGCGAUGCGGACGCUGCUCGGGGUGCGGCGGGCGGGCGGCCCCGGCGCUUGUGUCCCUCUGAAGCGCUGGGUCCUGGGCUGGCUCCUGCUUUUCCACGGUGCUUGGAGGCAGCGGGUGGCCGGGGGAAGUCCCGCCGAGCCCCGGCGGCCACGUCCGCUCCGUCCCGACCCCCACGCACUGGAUUCAGUUUACUUCACUGGCUUUGCAGAGACCAACAAGACCUUCGUGGUUGCUCGUCUUGCCAAACGUCCUAAUGGGACGUGUGAGAUGUGGCUCUUCCUGAGGGUGGAUGGAGAAGGAGACUUUGAACACCCACAGCAUCCAAACAUGAUGGUGAGUGAUGACUCUGAAGAGAUUUGGAGUGCAGGAGGGCUCACUAUUGAAUACUUAGAGCCCCAAGCAAGCUGGAAAAUAAGUUUCAAUGGAUUACUCAGAAAAGGACCCUACAGGCAGCAGUGGAGUGAAGAAGAAGGUGAACUUGUACCAGUGAAAUUCUCUUUACACUGGAAGAACUUCACUGAAGUCUUUAACUUUAAUACUGACAGUCACCCCAGCACAUCUGCACCUGCUUUUGCCCAAGAACCUUGGACCAUCAAGUUCUUCCAGAGGGUCAAAAAACAAAGGGAACAACAUUUCCGACACGAGCAGUGGGGCCAGGCUGUUGGAGAAAUUGAAAUAGAAAAUGGAGAGAAAACCAAACUUUCCCUCAAAGGCAUUCGGAGCCACUCUUAUGGUGUCAGGAACUGGUCUGAGAUUCACCGUUAUGUCAUGAUUUUGGCACAUUUUGAGGAUGGGACUGCAGCACAUUUAACAGUUCUCAGUAUGCCAGCUACCACAACUAACCUCACUGUAGGUUAUGUCUUUUUCCCUGAUGGGAGGAAAUCUGGCAUCGAGUGGUCCAAUGCCUCUCUGGCUGAGAUUGCUGAUGAUGGCAUCAUCAGGGAUGAAUAUGGUGUCAGUUUUACUGCUGGUGGCAAGAACUUUGAUGUCUCUGCAAGACUGGAUAAGCAGGCUUGCCCCGUGGUCUACAAUGGCCUGACUGGCAGUGGUGUUUUCCAUGAGUGCAUUGCAGAUUUCCAACUGAAUGGCUUAACUCCAGGCUGGGGCUUGGUUGAGUUUUAUUACAGGGAUGAAGCUGCCCAGCUGGUUCUGAAUUUGCAGCUUGGUUCAAAAGCCAAAGGACCCAGUUUUACCUCCUGGCACUCUGUGACUGAUGGUUCUCCCCCAGGAGCAUUUGCUUUCUCUUUUUGAUUUUUUUUUCCUAAGCUGCCAACUCCUCCCCACUUGGAAGAGCAGGAGACUGGGUUAUGUGGAUCUCUGACCCAAUGUAGCAGUUCUUCUGUUCUCUCUGAUUUGUUCCUGAAAUAAAAGCUCUUUCUUUCA